UAGACCUCGUUCCUUUUUGCCUCCUUUACGACCCACAAACCAUGAGCAGCUUCGCCCACUUGGUUUGUCGUUACUAAAGAAACUAUGUGCGCUAGCCGCAGAAUUUAGCUCUUGAUCCCAAAGCUUUUGCAACAGCUGCUCAUUCCACUGUUCUCUCACCGAUCUCAGAAACUCUUCCCUUCGGUACUUGUUGAAUAUGUCUGCAUCGGUUUUUACCGCUCCGGUCGUCGGAUCAGGCUGUGUUGGCUUGCAACUAAAGCAAUUUAAGCUGUUCCCGGUAAAAGAGUCUGCAGGAUGGCGCCAGAGAACCGUCUCCAAUGGUUCUAAAACCUACUGCAUGAAGACAUGGAAUCCGAUCAACAACAAGAAGUUCGAGACCCUUUCCUACCUCCCUCCUCUGUCAGACGAUUCAAUUGCCAAGGAGAUCGACUACAUGCUCAAGAAAGGAUGGGUCCCGUGCCUUGAAUUCGAUGAGGUGGGGUACGUGCGUAGAGAAAAUAGCAGGAUGCCAGGGUACUACGACGGGCGGUACUGGACGCUCUGGAAGCUGCCGAUGUUCGGCUGCAACGACUCCUCCCAAGUCCUCCACGAGAUCAGCGAGUGCAAGAAGGCGUACCCAAAUGCCUACGUUCGCUGCCUGGCAUUUGACAACAAGAAUCAAGGUCAGUGCAUGGCCUUUAUCAUCCAGAGACCUGCCUCGAGUUGAACCACGAGGCAUCACUUCCAGUAUGCUUCGAACAAAUAACUCUUCACUGUCUUAAAAACUUUGAGACAGAUCACAAUAUCUGAAACCCAUGUUUCCUUUUACUGUCGAAAUGUAUGAAUGCUUGUGAUGUUUGCUGUUCCUCCCUGUUUGCUUUUGGACGAUGUAGUGAGGUUUUAGAGUAAUAAAGGAGGGACUUCAUUUUAUUUGAA